CAAAGCGAGACUCUGCUGAGGAUGGUUGACUCCCAAGUAAUAGAAAUGACAGGCAUCUCCAUUGAUAACUUCAUGUUAGAUGAUUACAAUACGUCGGACUAUGCAGAACAACUCUCCAAUUACACCGACUACAUGUGCCCCACGAUGGAUGAGAGCACCACCCAUCAAUUAAGGGCCUUCCUGGUCCCUUUUGUCUACAUGCUGAUCUUCUUGCUGGGGGGUGUCGGAAACCUGAUGGUGAUCGUGAUCCUGUGGUGCUACCGACGCUCCCGCAGCUCCACCGAGCUCUUCCUCUUCCACCUGGCCUUGGCGAACCUUUUGCUCGUGUUCACCUUCCCCUUUGGGGUUGUCCAGAACAUAGCCGGUUGGAUCUUUGGACCUUUCCUCUGCAAGGUGCUCAGCGCCACCAACAGAAUCAACUUCUACAGCAGCAGUCUGCUGCUGGGCUGCAUCAGCGUGGAGCGCUACCUGGCCGUGGUGCAUGCGCUGUGGGCCUUCCAGAAGCAGCGAGCCAUCUCUGUCCACCUGACAUGCCUGGGAGUUUGGGUUGUCUCCCUGUUGCUGACAUUGCCUGACCUGCUCUUCACAGAAGUCUGGCCGAGCAGGGACAACCAGCCCAGCAUCUGCCACUUCAGAGAAUACGGCAAACACGGGAUCAACGCGUGGUUGGCCACACGCUUCCUGUAUCACAUUGUGGGCUUCUUCCUGCCCUCGCUGGUCAUGUGCUUCUGCUACAUAGCCAUCAUCAGGGUCCUGUGCCGCUCCCAGCGGCUGAAGCGGCAGAAAGUGGUUCGAGUAGCCAUUUUGGUCACCAGCGUCUUCUUGGUCUGCUGGACUCCAUACCACGUGGUGAUCUUCCUGGACACCCUCAAUAAGCUAGCUACCGCCAACAACGGGUGUGCGGUUGAGCUGAACACGGCCAUUAUUCUGAGCGAGAUGGUUGCCUUCAGCCACUGCUGCCUCAACCCCAUCCUCUAUGCUUUUGUGGGCAUCCGGUUCCGUCACGACGCUUGCCGACUUCUGAACAGCCUGGGCUGCCUGAGCCAGAGCACCCUGCAGGACAUCCUGGGCACCUGCAGGAUGGAUAGCAGCACUGCAGAGACCAACAUAUCGCUCGUCAACCGCCACCCUUCCUCCCCAUCUUCCACAAAUCCCCUAACCACAUUCAAAGGCUCUCCUCCUUCCUCUUCUUGUCCUCAAGCCCCAGCUGACCAAAGGGCUCAGGAGGGAGAGUCUGGGGCUCAGCUUAGGCCAAGUCAGAAGCAAGUAUCGACAGACCAAAGACUGGACGAGCAAAACCUCGCUUAGUAAGCCAGGCACCACCUUCCUGAAAUCCUGUGUGUGAUGAAUGUGCACACUCCUUCCAGCUUCCUUGGAAGAGAGUCCCGUGAUGUUGGUGAACAUGCGAUGCUUCCAGAUACAGAUCCUGCUUUUGCUUCCGAGGUUCAUAUUCCCUUAGUGCUUCCCCCUGCCCCCCCGGGCCUCGGAGAAUGUGUAACUGUCAGCUUCAGUGCAAGCCCUGCCACUCCUUUGUGUUGAAAUACUCUCCUCUCCUGCCUAUUCAUCCAGAGCUCUGCUGUGCCCCAGCGUUCAACCAAGACGACUCACAAGCAUCUGCUCAAGUUGUGAGCACAAGGUUAGCCCAGGCAUACAAAGGGGGAGCCCCACUAUUAAUCUGCUAUGGCCCACAUGACUUCCUCUGGGGCCGCAGAGACUCCUAUCCUGCUGCUUACCCCGUGCUCAACAUUCGGGGAGGGGGGGAAUUGGGGGCUCUUGAUGAAAUCCACAAGCCCCAGACCCUCCCACCA